GCGCAAAAACACUAACAGCGAUAACAUCAUUAAAAGUAAAAGUAUGGAGUUAUGGAGGGACAAUUUGAGCAGAAUUUGAAGCUAAUCCAGCAGGCAGAUCCAAUCUACGCGACCGGCUAUUCACUCGUCUACGAUCGAGAGGUACCUUGUGAAUUUAGAAAUCACAACGCGAACCCGCUAUUCCGUGGAGUCUUAGAGUGUGUUAAGAUUAGAGUAUUGAUAAAAGGUGAUGAAUGCAAUUUAACCUCCCUGUUGGUUGAGCUCACAACCGACGUGGAUGUUUUCAUGCACUACACAUGCAUUGUCAACGACAAUGGAUUUCUAAGGCUUCGUGAGGAUCAAAAUCUUCUCUGCGAGUAUUCUCAGUUCCUCAAAACGUUACUGGUAUUGUUUAAUCGAUGCAUCGCGGAGCAAGGUCGACUCUUGUGCGCAAUAAUCUUCAUCACGAAGGAUACCGCCUCGCUAGAAUUCAUAGAAAAUUUGGAGUACAAGAUGGUUCGCGUUUUAGUUCUCCCGUUAAAGAUCUCCUCUCCUGAAGUUGUACGCGAACAGGUGCAGUAUCGCUAUACCGCCACCCUUGCGCGCUUGAAUUUAGUAUUGGAGCAAGUAAAUCAAAAGUGACCCAUGCUAAAUUGGUAAUGAGGCUUGACGGAAGGAAUCCUAACGUUGUUCCACUUACGGGGAGUCAUCCCUUUAAGCGAAGAAUAAGUUAUUUUUAUUUGUUCCUAUUCGUGACCAUAUUUAUUUUUAUUAAUACUUUUUAACUAAAAAAGUUUGCGCAUAUUAUAAUUACAUCCCUGCAGAUUGUCAUUGUGGUGUGACUACUUUCGGGUACUGACGAAUCUUUUUCUUUUUUGCUCACUGUUAAAUAAGGGAGCUUCUGGAUAUCAAAACGUUGCUGCUAACAUUUUUGACUGUUGAAUGCGUUUCAUGAAUCGCGUACGUUUUUUUCCUUUUUUUAAAACUCCAUUAGAGUAACUCUUGAAUUUUAGAUACAAAUUACUAACGUUAUGGCUUUGUAUUGAUUUU